CGCGAUUGGGGCGAAAAAAAUCGUUCUGUCGCGCACGUCGCAGAGCGAUUUUCGCUGGCAGCUUUCACAUGCGUUUCUGACUGCGCGAUUUCAGUCGCAGCGACGCCCAAGGUUGCUCCCUGCUCACAAUGUAUCCAUGCCUGCAUCGUUAAAUAAAAACAACAUGGAAACUAGUCGAAUAUUACAAUAUCAUAUUAUUUUUUGAAAAUAGAAUAGUAAACAAUUUUUCAGCCUUUAAACGCGUUGAGACUUUGCGAUCGCUUAGUCCGCAGCUGCGGCGAGUGAAAAUGCUGCACAAACCGCACAAGCGUGCGGCGUGGUGGGGUGGUUUUGUUUUCUACACUCUAGUCUCUUGCGCUACGAUGGAAACCACAAGUCUUCUCCUGGAGGAGUAUUUGCUUCUCAAAAAGAAGAAGCUACUAUUAAGUGUGCAAGUGCCUGUUUGUAGCAAUGAAGACAUUGACGACGGCGACGAUCAUGAGGGUACGUGCCGUAUGUCGAAGGCGGCGUCAGCUCCCGACCUGGACAGUAUGCAGCUUCUCCUCUUAAAUGAAUGUGCGAGCUGGAGAAAAAGAAAUUGUUGAUGAAGCUCGAAAGCCAGAGGCGCUGGUGGGUACGUCCUAUUUGGGAAAACCGGAAGCAGGAGUCGGAAUUCUACACAACGGUGAGUUCGAACUUGUACAUUUAAAGGAAGCUUUUGCUCCGGGGCUCCCAUCUAAAAACAUCGAAAUUGAGAAAUUGUUUGUGUUGUGCAGAUGCCCUUGCUGAUGUCAGGAGACAAGGAAUACUUCAGAAAGUAUUACAGAAUGUCGCCGGAGACCUUUGAAACCCUGCACUCGCUUGUCGAAGCAGGUUUGACAAGGCUUCAUGUCGUGCGUGAACCACUGCCCUCACGUGCACGGCUCGCUAUUGCACUUAGGUACCUCGCAUCUGGCAUGUACAUGCAAGAUGUUGCUAUUAGCUUCAGGGUUGGCAUCUCAACAGUGGCGACCAUUGUGCAUCACGUGUGCAGGCUGCUGUGGAGAACACUGCAACCUUUGUACCUAAAGGUACCGACAACGGAAGCCUGGCAGGAGGUAGCGCAAGGAUUCGAGGAAAAAUGGAAUUUCCCUCACUGUAUUGGAGCUGUCGACGGCAAGCAUGUUCAGAUACAAGCCCCUCCUCAUUCAGGCAGCUUGUAUUACAACUACAAGGUAAUUAAUGCGGUAAGUCACAUUUGCAUAACAUGUGCUUAUGGUUUCAUUUUCUUACAGGGAACAUACUCCAUCGUGCUCAUGGCCGCUGUUGACAGCAAUUUGAAAUUCAUAUGUGUUGAUGUUGGGGCUUAUGGACGUCAAAGUGAUGGUGGCACAUUGUCUGCUUCUUGCUUUGGAAAAUCUCUAGAAAAGGGCUUGCUCGGCCUUCCAUCUCCGAAGCAGCUGCCUGGCACAAACAUUGUUGCUCCUCACGUCUUCGUCGGGGACGAAGCAUUUCAACUUCGUCCAGAUUUUCUGCGGCCAUAUUCUGGGAGGGGCCAGGAUGAAAGCAAGCGCAUCUUUAAUUACCGUCUAAGCAGAGCCAGGAGGUGCGUUGAAAAUGCUUUUGGAGUGAUGGCCUCCCGAUUCAGGAUCUUUCGACGUGCCAUCAAUCUGCAACCACAAAAUGCAGACUAUGUUGUCAUGGCGUGUUGUGUCCUGCACAACUUCUUGCGUGAUGACGUGAUCUACAUGACGGCGAACUAUGUCGACAGUGAAGAUGCAUAUGGCAACAUCACCAGUGGCCAGUGGCGCACCACCCAGGACAGUGGCACCUCAGCAAUGUUCAGUCUGCAACCUUCCACUGGGCACAAUUAUACAAGGACGGCAGCGGAAACAAGAGACCUUUUCUGCUCAUACUUUGUGAGUAGGGAGGGUUCUGUGCCUUGGCAACGGGCAUCUGCUGGUCUGCGGCCGUGAGAGACAAAACAAGCAGCCACCAGGUUUUGCUGGAUGUGCUGUCUGCUAGCCGCUUCUUGUUUGACGUGUGGCACAGUGACACUUCGCAUAAGUCAAUAAAUAUAUAAAUGAAAACAGACAUUUCUGUGUUAUUGAAAUACGAGCACAAAAGGUGAAUUUUGUACUUUGUGUACUC